AUGUCUUCCAGUAGAAAAGGACUCCUGAAGACCAUUUUCACACCGAGUUUGGGCUGCGGGUGUGGGAAGCCGGAGCCCUCCGAUGCCGUCGAACCCACCACAAUUCAACCCAGAAGAGACUCUUCAUCUUCAUCGUUCUCACUCCAUGACAAGCUCAAGCUCGUCAAGAUAGAAUCUUGCCCUGGCCCCUCGUCUUCCUUCGCUUCCCACACCACCACUACCACUACCACCACCACCACAUUCUCGCUCCCCAACGCCGACGCGCCUCCGAACCGCCGCCCCGACCCGGAGGCGCCGAGGCCGAUCAUCGGGAACAGCAUCGCCGUCGCGAAGGACUCCGACGACCCGUACCGAGAUUUCAAGGACUCGAUGCUCCAGAUGGUGCUGGAGCAAGGGAUUUACUCGAGGGACGGCUUGCAGGAGCUCCUGCACUGCUUCUUGAAGCUCAACUCGCCUCGCUACCACGCCGUCAUCAUCCGGGCCUUCACCGCGAUCUGGAACGGCGUCGCUUCCGCCGCCGCCGGCGAUCUGGAUGCGUUGCCGCCGCCGCCGCCGUCGCCGUCGCCGUCACCGUCGUCGGGGUGUCAGAGUAAUAAUCAUGGUGGGGAUGGAGUUGAAGGAGGGUAG